AUGCAGCAGAAAGGACCACAGGAAACCAGAAAACCUGGUUCUAGGGCAGACUUGAAGGACAGCCUGCUUGUGAACUGUCGCCAUGCUGCCAUAGCCAAAUACUUUGGGGAUGCCAUCCCGCAGUGCAACAAAUGCUGUGAUUAUUGUAAGAACCCAGCAGCUGUGAAAAAGCAUCUUGAAGCACUGGAGCAAUGUACCAGUAGCUGGAACAGGACCCGCAUUGGAUCCUCUGCUUACUCAUCAGACAUAGAGUUAUAUGAAGGAGGAAGAAGAGGCUACGGUGGCUUCAGCAAUUACGAUGAAGACAGUAGGAGUGUGGAUGAAGCCAAUGAAGAGAAUCAGAAAAAGGAAUGGAAUAACUUUUAUAAGCAACAAAUGAAGCUGCGCAAGGGUAAAGAAGUUGAAAAAGACAAUUUUGUCCCCCCAGCUGCUGAUUGUCCCUUGAAAGAUGCAGCCAGCAGGAAAAUAGCCAGAAUCACAGUGAAGGCUAGAGAGCACUGCCUGAAGAUGUUAGAAGAAGCACUGAACAGCAAUCUGCAAGCCCCACUGACAGAAACCGGGUCAGAUCCUCUAAAAUGUGUUGUGGAAAUGGAGUAUGAGGCUUUCCAGCUCAGUAAGACAGCAAAUUUAUAUAAGGCUGCUGUUCUCAAGAAGGUGGCAGAAAUUAACAAAGCUUCCAGAGAUGGAGAGCUAUAUUCUGCAUUUGCCUUGGGAGUCAGUGGCUGUCCCAGGAUAAAAGCUGAACCAACUGCAACAGCUGAUGAUGGUUUCCAUAUACCAUCCAAGAUGAACACGUUCAAACCCAAGAGGGUGGGAAUUGGAUUUCGGAAGACAUCAGAUGCAUUCCAGUCAGCUUCAAAAGUGUUGGUGGCUGAGGAGGCGGAUGAAGUUAAACCUGAAAAAGAGGAACUGAGCCCAAUCUGGAAAGGAGAUUGUAGUCAUAACCCUGAGCCUUUGGACAUUGUUAGAACUCCUGAGAACAAAGUGGAAGUAUCCAAAGAAAUCAGAAAUGCUGGUGACGAUCUCGAGGAGGGGCAGGAAAGCUCUUCCAAUCCUACAGCCUCCUUGGGAGUUAGUCCUACCAAGAAGGGCAAACCCACCAAGAAGGGCAAACUCACCAAGAAGCAGCUGCUGCUGGCAGAAGCAGCUAGGAAAGAAUCUCAGAACAUUUUCAAAUUCUUCUCUAGCCAGAAAACAGGCUCUAAGGCCUUGGACUCAGCACUUGAUUUAGCAGAGGAGGAGGAGGAAAACUGUUAUCUCAGUGACCUACUGCCCUUUCCUUCUGGAAGACUGUAUGAGGAGAAAGGCUGUCGAGGAACUGAAAUGAUCUCCAAAGAAGAAAUAGCUGGUGCAUCCCACUUAGAAAAGCAGGAGUUUGGGGAAACGGGGGACAGUCCAGCAAUAGGAACUCACAACUCAGGAACAGAAUCUUCGUGCCCAGGAUCACCCCUUGGAAAACCAUGCAGUGCUAAGCCUUUGCCUGAAGAUGAAAUGACUAAUGGCUGUGGAGACCGUAAUAGAAAGAGACCAGGAUCAGCUGAGGACCUGGAAAACUCUGCUGAAAAGAGGCUCCGAGUGAUGACAACGUCUUCCAUCUUGUUGCAGUCGGAGGGGAAAGCUGGUGACCCUGUAAAAAAGAAAGUCACCUUUGAUCCAAACUUGUCACAAACCGAUAAGGAAGGAACCACUAAAAUCAUUUACCAAUCUACAAAGGCAUUGUCCCUUAAGGAGACAGCAGACAUUGUUGUCAAAUACUUAACCCCUUUCUAUAAAGGUGGCAAAUUCGCUUCCAAGGAUCUGUUUAAGGGGUUUGCCCGACACCUUUCUCAUUUGCUGGCAGCAGACAAGACUCCCCUCCGCAAGACUGUGAAAGAAGAAGCACAGAGGCUGAUCAAGGGAUUUUUCAAAACUCGUGGCAGGUGUGAAAAUGAGGCGGACUGGCUGGAGUUAACCAACUUGGAAACAUGACAGGGGACAGAUACCUGUUUCGCUCUGCUUUUGGGGGCUGCUGGAUCCAGGCCCUCUAUGGGUUUCAUCCUAGCUGUCCUUAAUGGUGAUAUAAUGGAAAGUCCAAAGUAAAGUUUCUUUGUGGGUCCUGGUUCCUUUGAAAACAGCACUGUGAAAAGGACUUCAUCUGCACAACCAUCCUCUCUAUGAUGGACAGUUCUUUCAAAUUCAGUUCACAGAUCUGUUACGUGCCUGGUGAUUCAGUGCAUUUUGCUUCCUCUAACAAAUGCAAAGGGACUAGAAAUGACUGGCUAGGGAUCUUGCUGCUAUCUAAGAUUGUCCCCCUCCCCUUUUAACCUACAUGUGUUAAUAGCAGCUUUAAGCAGAAACAAAUGCAUAUGCUUCACUCAGGGGUUAUGUGCUUCAGGCAUGAGUUACUGUGGGGUGCACUUGCUUUGAAGAAAGCUGUCUGGUUUUACAGGAGUCUUGAAGAGUUGUUUGGGGGGGAUCCCUUUGAUUUUUGUUGUUUUAAGAGGUUGGUGUUUUAUUUCUAGAAAAUGGCCUCUAGCACUAGCAAUAGAAACUUUAAAAACCCACACAUUGCAAUAACAAUGAAGGGAGAUGGGCAAGACUGGCACAGUUUCUCAUACUACCAUUGUUAAAACAUUGCAAAUAAAGUCAACUGAAGAACGUAACUGAAUGUUACAUGCAAAAUACAUGUAACAUAACCCUGACGGCCACUAUAAAAACAUGUGUGCAACCACUUUAAGAUGGGGUGGAGUAGCAGUGAGUGUAGGGAUUCUAGGUGAACCUAUCCUCUGACACCCUUCCCCCACCACUGCUGUUGAGGUUUUGUUAUAUGCAUCUGCAUGUAGCAUUGAGUUUAUUUUUAAGAUGGAAAUAACAUUUAGUCUUUUGUUCUUCUGUUCUUGUGAUGGUGCAUCCUCUUGAAUGUGAGCUGGAAUAUGCAGACCUCUUCAUUUGUAAAUGCCAUUCUCUCUGCAUGUACAGUUUUCAGUUAGGAAGAGUUUUAUCUUUCUGGAAAACCUCAAGAAUAAAGAGAGCUCAGCCCAUAACCUAAUUCUCCCGCCCUCCUACUUACGUGAUAAAAUCUUUAAAGAGGCAAUCCCCCGUUGAUCUGUUUGCCUGACCAGCUGCAGCUGUUGAUGGCAAGGCCUAAAUGUAUCCUUAAGAGCAACUGUCAUUACAGUGGUCUUGCAUAAUAAUGUUGUAUCUGUUUGGACCUGUUCCAUACACAAUCGGAACCCUUUUAGGUUGUUGUUGCUAUGUGAUUUAAGUGGGUUUGUUCUGUUAGAACUUUUUUCAGACAUUUUAUGGCAGUAAAAACUUUUGAUGGAGAUAAGGAGCAGGGUCCAUUCUCCAGACUGCUUGAACUAGUACAAAAUACAAACAUUCACCUUUUUUUGUUGUUUAGUUGUGUACAGGCACACAUUAAAAGCAUGAGAUAGGAAGGCGCCCUCGUAGUAGUCUCUGUGACGUUGGCCCUGCCAAUAGCACUGGACUGCUUUGGGAAUGAAAGACUGAAGAUCCCAUUAGUAUGAAUGUUGAGAUUAUUGCAGAAGGGGAAAAAAAUCACAGGGGAUGCUGCUGAGAUUUCUUUUUAGGGCCCUGAUUUAUGUGUUUUAUGCUGAAGCUGUGCAGCCGUGGCUUCUUCCUACACCAACCAGUGUUGCUAGGAAAGGGAGAAGCCGGCCAUCAAAUGAGCUCUGCUCUGGGAGUGAGGGGCUUGGUGUUGCUUUGCCUUCAGGCAAAAAGGAAAGCACUUUUUUGUUUUACCUGCUCACUCAAGCACAGGUACUUCACUUGCCACUCAUAACCCUGCUGUGAGUUUUGAAGAGGAACUAAGUAAAAUAUUUGUGUUCUUUAUUAUUUAAUCUACUAAAGCCAUAUUGCUGCUCUGUGCCUCCUGUCUGAUACUAAUAGGCAACUCAGCAUUGUGGCAAAAUUGCCCAGAAGCUUUGAGGAGAUGCUGCUUUGUUUAUACAUAGUUGAAUCUGAGCUAUAGAGUCCCUGCUUGGGAUAGAAGUUUUUACUAUUAUGUUUUGUUGAUCUGUGCCUUAGCUUUAUCCCUAGAUAAGCCAUCGAAUGUUUUGGUAGGAGGGAGCGUAUAGACAAAGGUGGGUAAGUGCUAGCAAUUCUAAAUAGCUGAUACUGUGGAAUCAGGUCUUGCUACAUGAUAAGCUGCUAAUAAAAUGAAUAUU